UUUAGUCACCAGUCGCACCAGCUGACACCAGUCGUACGCGCCGCUUGUGCAGUGCGUGUGAGUGUGAACGUACGGUUGGUGCUGUCUUCCUUCAUGCUCUUGUGGCGUUAUCCCCUCCGCUUCAGCUGACUCGUAUUCCUCGUUGAUCGACGUUCGACGACCGCCCCGGUGCCACCCGUCCAUUCAAAGGCCUGGGACUCGUGAGAGCAUCGCCACCAUGACCACGGCAUCGGACGAGCCGGGCAUCGUUGGGCAGCUCGCCUCCUACCUGGGCUCAUCGGAGCCGGCGUUCCGCUUGCUGCUCACCGUCCUCGCAGGGUAUCCACUGGCCCUGGUGCAUCGCAACUUCUUCCUCAACAAGAAUCCUGUGUCGCAGCACCUGUACUUCACUGUUUGCGGCUUGCUGCUGUGCUGCUUCAACUAUGGGUUCAACGUCUACCACUCGCUGCUCAACAUCCUGGUCGUUUACGCCGUGCUCAGGCUCAUUGGUGGCACCCUGGCCUCGGUCGCCUUCAGCUUCAUCUUUUGCAUGGGCUACUUGGUGCUCGGCUACUACUUCACAGCGACCAAGGAGUACGACAUCACGUGGACCAUGCCUCACUGCAUCCUGGCCCUCAGGCUCGUCGGUCUGGUGUUCGACGUCUACGAUGGCAAGAAGGACCCCGCGACUCUACCCUAUGAUCAGAAGCGGACGGCCCUGCAGGGCGUUCCUUCACUGCUGGAAGUGAUGGGACACUCAUACUUCUUUGGGGGAUUCCUGGUGGGUCCACAGUUCCCCAUGAAGCGGUACCUGGACUUUGUGCAAGGCACCUUCUUCACCAAGAAGGGCGAGAAGCCAUCCUGCAUAGUGCCGGCCCUGAUGCGGAUGGGGCUGGGCCUGCUCUGCCUGCUCUUCAGCCAGUUGGGCUCCCUCUGGUUAGACGAGAAGUACAUGCUCUCCGACGAGUACAUGACCCACAACCUGGCUGGGCGGUACCUCUUCAUGGGGCUGUGGCAGGUUGUGACGCUGCACAAGUAUGUCGCCUGCUGGCUGCUGGCCGAGGGCAGCUGCAUCAUGGCCGGCCUGACACACAAUGGGAAAGACGAGAACGGCAACGAUUUGUGGAACGGCUGCGUCAACAUUUCCGUCUGGAAGUUCGAGACCACAACCACCUUUGAUGGCAUCAUUAAAACAUUCAACAUCAACACCAACCUUUGGGUUGCCCAGUAUGUGUUCAAGCGCCUCCGCUUCCUGGGCAACAAGCAGCUGUCGCAGCUCCUGGCCCUCCUGUUCCUGGCCGUGUGGCACGGCCUGCACUCGGGCUACUACGUCUGCUUCUUCAACGAGUUCAUCGUCAUGAAGUUCGAGAAAGACAUGGUGGAGGUGAUAGAGCGGGUGGACUGGCUGAAGCGCCUAGUCUACCACCGGUACCUCCAGGUGCCCCGCUUCAUCCUGCUCAAGCUGUAUGUGCUCUGUAUGUUCGGCUACUGCAUCGUGCCUUUUGCGCUGCUCUCCUUUGACCGGUACACCCAGGCUUACGGCCGCAUCUACUGGCUAGGGCACAUCGUGUACCUGGGCUGGUUCCCCCUGGCCCCCUUCGUCUUCAAAGCCCUGCCCAGGAAGAAGUCUGAGGAAAAGGCACAGUGAGGCAGACGCACGCCGUAGCAGCGUGCGACACGAACGGCCCUCGCGCGACUUCGAUUGGCCCGGUUAUGGAACCGCACCGUUCCUUCUCUUUUCUCUUUCAUCGCUGGGGCAGGACCUUGUUGGCUUCCCAUUCAUCUCUCGCGGCCUUGACGCAUUCCUUCGACUCCCUCGUCUUCCAAGCGAGAGAGCCAGAAGAAUGUGUGCGAAGGGGACAUGUUUUGUUCGCGAGACGGAGUGCCGUUAGGUCAGUGCGCAUUGCGCGGCAGCCAAUGGGACGAUUUGGAUCUGUCUCGGUUUCGACUGUGUGUGCAUUCGCCGAGCAAUACGUUAUGCAAAGCGUCGGAGCCAGCGUAUUAGCCGGGCAACUAGGUCUACGCAAUGGGAUUCUUGUUGGGAAGUGUCUAUGCAAGCGACGCAGCCACGGGGAAGCACGGGCGUGCAGGCGGAGGGCGAAAAGGAAGGAGGGGAAACAGUUCGGAUCGUUCCUUUCACCAACCCCUUUUUCGUCUCCAAGCGUGGGUUAGGUAGGUAUGCACAACACGACCAAGCUGACAUUGUCGCACAAUCUUUCGCUGUACAAACGGCCAUACUUACGAGAGCGCGCCUUUCCGGCAGCGUCCGUCUUCAUUAGAGAAACCCCCAGAUUCGCCAGAAACUCCUCGUUAACGAUCGUAAUGCACAAUUAAUUUCUUCGCUGUGCGUUCCGACUCGGUAGUACCAGCCCUGCACCAAGUUGAAGCCCUUUUUCUCUCUUGCUUAACAUUAGAUUCAGUGGUACAAUUGCAUCAUGCAGGGCACCCGUGCCAACAAUAUCUCUCCACAACGACGUUUCUGUGGCGCACGGGUCUACCCAGUUUUUGCCGAAAGUUGCAAGAGUUGUGGUAUAUUAAGUUGCAGCUAAGCGUCCUCGUGUGAAGAUAGGCCUCAUAUUUUUUGUGUCCCAGCCACUAGAAUGGAGGCACUUGCAAAAACAUUGCGAUGAUAUCAAGACAAUAGGUAUUUUGGCUAUCGAGACUCGUCUCUAGUUAGAGCAGUGGUUUCAACCACUGAUGUUUCGAGGACCCCGUCUGGAUCAGCGGAAGUGAUGGGGGACCCCAUUUACUGGGGGGAGAGGGCGGUAUUUCACAUUGCAAUGGAAAAGGGGAAAAGAGUAAAUUGAAGGAAAUUGAUGCAUGCAAACCAACUUCGCAGUCCUGAAAUAGAAAACCAACCCUACUUACUCAGUGCAUAUAAUUUUGUCUAUUUAGCUUUGCAAGACAGCCAGCAACAAUAAAAAAAAAGAAAAAUGUUUUAGUGCUCUGCUUGACUGAUGGUCUAAUUCAGUGGCUCUCAACCAUUGAUGGUUUGUGGACCCCUUGUGGAUCAGCGGAGAUGAUGGAGGACCUUGUUUGGUAAUUACGUUAAUUAUUUAAUAAAUGGAUAUAACUAAGGGCUAGUGUGAAGUAGGCUUCGCUCAUUGACGUACACACGAGAAAAGUCACCUGAAAAUUGGAAUGUUUUUCUCCAUCUGAAAUAAGAAAACUUUCUUGCCGUGCUUGACCGAUGAAGCAGGGCUUGGCGGACCCCUAGAAUUGGGGUGACCAUACUCCUCAAGGUAGAAAACGAGACAUUUCAGGAAGGGGGGUGCAUACAAAAGAUUGUUGAACUUCGAAACAUACUCAUUGUGAAGAUCUUCGUUAGCACACACGUGCAUUUUUUCGCCAUUUUAGAAAAAUAGGGAGGCUCAAGUGAGGGUGGGUGCAAUUGCUAGAUCAGGGGUCACAGGAUAUGGAUGCCAUUUGAUUGCUAAAUUUUGCUGGGAGUCUACAGGGCAAAGGGCCGCUUUAUUUCCUAGCUCAGGUAUUAAGAGCCCAUUAAUGCGUUUGAAUAAUUUAUGCAAGGUGUAAAUGAUUACUUUUCCAUAGCCACCAGUUUUGUUCCGAUAGGUUAAGUAUUUGUUCAACGCGAAAAAUGGUCAAUUCCGCCAUCUUGGACGUCACUGCUUGUCUGGCAACCCUGCUUUCUCCUUUCAACGUUUGCAAUUCCCAGAGCGAUAAAGGAUACGCCAAGGCGUUCGUUGCUUGCAAUGGGAGGCGAGAGGAGGAAAGGCGAAUGGAGCAGCAGAGUUGCAACAGAAUGGGCGUCUGCUCUCGUGCAAGCAACAGUGGCACAUAUCCUCUCCCUCAGGCGCCGCCAUUAAAUUGCAAACCCUCCAGGUUUUGAGUUGCUCCCACCCUCACUAAAGUGUAGCCAACAGAGAUUCUACACGAGUGCUAUAUCCAGUAACUCAAAAAAAUUUCUACAAACGCGUCUUUGCGAGAGAAAAAGUGUUUGUGGGCAAGAACAGGUCUAAAUUUUACUCUCUGGGAAAUAAUUUAAAAUACCUAUGGUUAUUUUUGUAAAAUAUACUUGUAACGAGUAGGCGUAGUUUCGGUUGACUUCAACUCGCUUGCUGCCGAUUUCGAAACUAUGCACUCCUGCAAAAGUGGGACAUGAUUUUUAUUGGGACAAAAAGACGGGACGGCAGAAGCGGACCUCAAAAAUGGGACUGUCCUGGCCAAAACGGGACAUCUGGUCACCCUUCCUAAAAUGCCUUUGCGGACCCCCAUUUGAGAACAACUGGUCUAAGUCUUCAGGGACCUGAAGAAGACCUUCAGGGAUCCCAAAGGGUCCACAGACCCCCAUUUGAGAACCAUGCCUUAGAGCAAAUCGCAUACUUCCUUGGCAAGUAGGAAUCGCUCAUUGUUUGCACAUAGGCAAAAAACGGGAGUUGGUUUAGCACAAUUUGCUGCACUAAGGUUGGUUCAACGAGCCCUUGUACUUACGACAGUUAUGUGCGGCACUUGUCGCCAUCCUGUCCAACCUUCCUAGGGCAGCUAGAAAUUCUAGGAGUGUAAAACUUGCCAUCUUGUAUAGUGUUUUCUCAAUUUCUGCGUGCAGUUUCAAGAAUAAAGACAUGCUUUGGACAAUGUU